AUGAAUUGGCUUGUCUGGAACGUGCGUGGGCUUGGGAACCUGCGCACAUCCCGAGAGCUUGAGGUAGUCACUCGAGCACAAGCUCCCUCUGCUCUGUUUUUGGCUGAGACUUGGGCAGAAGAUGCUAGGCUGCGUCGGUUAUGCUGUGAGCUGAAGUUUGAUCAGUGUUGGAUAGGUCCCAGUGCUGACAAGGCCAGAAAGCACGAGACUUGGUCUCUCAUUCGCGACCUCCACCGGCGAUCUCCUCUGCCGUGGGUUUGCGCUGGUGAUUUUAAUGAGAUUUUGUGGUCCCAUGAGAAGCUAGGUCUGGGUGCUAGACCUGAAGGUGUGAUGAAAGAGUUCCGAGAUGCUCUGGAUGAAUGCGGGCUAAUGGACCUUGGCUAUGUUGGAGAAAAAUUCACAUGGAGAGGAAAACGAGCUGGCGGCUUGGUCUUGGAGAGGCUAGACAGAGCUGUGGCAGAUAAUGGAUGGUUUGCUCUCUACCCCGGCACUAAGUUUCAACACCUUCGUACUCAUUCCUCGGAUCACAAAGCUAUUUUGAUUAAGUUGGAAGGUAUUAUUCCCCGUCCCAUUCGCCCCUUUAAAUUUGAGCAAAUGUGGUUAUGUGAAGUUGGCUGUAGGAAUACUGUUUUAGAAGUUUGGGGGGCUGGUCCAUCUGCUGUUUCUUUGACGCAGGUUGCUUCGAAAAUCAAAAUCUGUGGUGAGAAACUAUUGGAGUGGAGCCACAGUUCAUUUGGUAGCAUUAAGAAGCAAAUUGAAACUAAGGGUAAACAGCUCUCCAAGGCCGAGAUUAAUGCAGCAAAAGGUAUUCUCGAGUUGGAUAUGGUUAAAAGUCUAAAGGCUGAGCUCAAUGACCUUCUUGACAAAGAGAGUCUGAUGUGGCAACAAAGGUCUAGGUCUCUCUUCCUCAAAUGUGGUGAUCGGAAUACGAGCUACUUCCACAGCAAAGCCUCCCAUAGAUUUAGGAGAAACAGAAUCUCUGGCCUCAAGAAUUCGGAUAAUGUUUGGUGCACUGGUGAUAAUGAGCUUAAAGAAAUAGCACAUCAUUACUUUAGCUCCCUGUUCACUUCAUCCCAGCCUUCUGAGUUUUCAAACAUUUUGGAUGCAGUGCUACCUUCGGUCUCUGAGGACAUGAACUCCCAACUCCUCAGACCCUUUCUCAAGGAAGAAGUGGAGGAAGCGAUUAAAGAGAUGAAGCCCACCACAGCCCUGAGUCCUGACGGUAUGCCUCCCUUAUUCUAUCAAACCUUCUGGCCUUUGAUUGGUGAUGAUAUUAGCUCUGCUGUGCUUGAAUGCCUUAAUAGCUGUAAAAUGCCUAGAGAGAUUAACUGUACUAAUAUCACCCUGAUUCCAAAAGUUAAAUCCCCUAUGCUUGUUUCUGAUUUUCGGCCAAUUAGUCUGUGUAACGUUAUUUAUAAAAUUGUCUCUAAAGUUUUAGCUAACAGACUGAAAGCUAUUCUCCCGUAUGUGAUAUCUGAAAAUCAAAGUGCUUUCCAGGCCGGUAGAGUUAUUUCUGACAAUAUCCUUAUGGCGUUCGAAACCUUACAUUAUAUGAAACACCAUCAUAAGGGUAAGGCGGGUUUUAUGGCGCUAAAAUUAGAUAUGAGCAAAGCGUACGACCGGGUCGAAUGGGUUUUCCUUGAGAAAAUUAUGGAGAAAAUGGGGUUCAAUGUCAAGUGGAUUAACCUAAUCAUGGAGUGCAUAUCAUCUGUCUCUUAUUCAAUUCUCAUUAAUGGUGAGCCCACCCAAACAAUCCUCCCAUCAAGGGGCUUACGGCAAGGGGAUCCGUUGUCGCCCUAUCUUUUCCUUCUGUGCUCUGAGGGGCUUCAUUUUCUGCUCAAAGGGGCAGCGGAUUCUAGGCAGAUUAGGGGAGUGUCCAUCUGCAAAAAGGGGCCCCGGUUGACACACCUCUUCUUCGCAGAUGACAGCCUGGUCUUCUGUAGAGCUUCCCUUGGCGAUUGUCAAAAAAUCCAAGAUCUUUUAGACUGCUAUGAGAAGGCCUCCGGUCAAAAGUUGAACCGCAACAAAACCGGUCUCUUCUUCAGCAAAGCCACCCCUCCUGACAUCUUGGAACAGAUCAAAACAGCUUUUGGUGUGGAAGAAGUCAAGCAAUAUGAGAGAUAUCUCGGUCUCCCCUCCUUGGUAGGGAAGAAGAAGAAAGCUACCUUACUUUAUAUCAAGGAAAGAGUUGCAGCCAAGCUCCAAGGGUGGAAAGAGCAACUUCUUUCCCAAGCUGGCCGGGAAGUUCUCCUUAAAGCGGUGAUUCAGGCGAUCCCAACCUUCGCCAUGAGUUGCUUCAAGCUUCCGCUCUCUUUGUGUCAUGAAAUUGAGGCCUUAAUCAGGAAUUUUUGGUGGGGUCAAAGAGGUAAUCAAAGGAAGAUUCAUUGGGCGAAUUGGAAAUCUUUAUGCCGCCCAAAAAGUUUAGGCGGUUUGGGUUUCAAAGAGCUGCAAAACUUCAACGAUGCCAUGCUGGCAAAACAGGUUUGGCGGCUUGCAGAAAAUCAGCCCUCUUUGUUUCAUAGGUUUUCCAAAGAAAAAUUCUUCCCAAAUGGUUCCAUUUUUGACGCCAAGGUGGGUAGUGGCUCUUUUGCUUGGAGGAGCAUUUUAAAAGGCAGAGAUAUAGUUCGCAAGGGGCUGCAAUGGAGGGUUGGAAAUGGCUCCUUGAUCCGGAUCUACCAUGACAGUUGGCUCCCCGACCCAUACAACAAGAAUGUGGUGUCACCGAGAGUUUUCCUUGGUGAUGAUGCACAGGUGGCUGUUCUGAUCGACAAAGAGCAGCGCUGUUGGCUCCAGGAGUCGAUUGACCACCUCUUCUUGCCUCAUGAGGCAGCCGCCAUUAAGUCCAUUCCUCUUAGCUUUGGUGAAUGUGAUGACAUGGUGUUUUGGCCGCAUUCUCCGGAUGGUAAAUACUCUGUCCGAUCGGCUUAUAGACUCCUUAUGAAUGAAGAGUUGAGGGAGGGUCCUUCUCCCUCGGAUCUAACUCCCACCAAGAGAAUCUGGAAGGGCAUUUGGAGCCUUCGGGUCCCAAAUAGAGUCAAAACGCUGUUAUGGAGAGCAGGUACAAACUCUUUACCAUCAAAAGCCAACCUUCUAAAGCGUAGAGUGCUCACUGAUGACAUCUGUCCCGGCUGUAAACUCAUGAGUGAAACAUCCUUUCAUGCCAUUUGGUCUUGCCCUGCACUAUCGGCAGUCUGGAUGGGCAAGUUUGAAUGGUUGAUAAAUCUGUCCAGGGAGUGCAGCUCUUUCGUGGAAGUUAUUCAGCUGUGUCAAUCUCGCUCUGAGCUCUUCGAGUUGUUUGCCAUGACUGUCUCGCUGAUCUGGUUCCGUAGAAAUCAGGCUAGAGUUGGCGAUAGCCCGACUCCUCUGUGGAAGGUUAAUGCUUUAGCCGCUGACAACUUGCUGGAGUUUCAAAGGGCUUCGGCUGCUCCCCCUGUGGCCCCCAAAACCCCCUCCUUCGUGAAGUGGCAGCCUCCUCUUGGUGGCUGGUUGAAAGUGAAUUUCGACGGGGCUUUAUUUAGAGAAAAGAACCAAGCGGGGCUUGGAUGCAUCAUCCGAAACGACAAAGGUCUUGUUAUGGCUGCCUGUACACAACUUAUUCCUCUGCCUACAUCAGUAGAGAUGGUGGAAGUGUUGGCAGCACGCAGCGCCAUUGGCUUUGCGCAAGAGCUAAGUCUUGAUCAAAUUAUUUUGGAAGGUGAUUCAGAAAUUACCAUCAAUGCUUUGUCUAAGGGUGGCUGGGAGUAUUCAAGCUUCGGGCACAUCAUCAAGGACAUCAAAGUCCUCGCUUCAGCCUUUAAUGGUCUAGCCUUUAGUCAUACUCGUAGGCUAGGUAAUAAAGUAGCUCAUAGGCUAGCGAGAUCAGCUUGUAAUUUUUCCCAUUUCCAUGUUUGGAUGGAGGACAUCCCUCCGGACAUUGCAUCUGUAUACUCUUCUGAAUUACAGUAA